AUGCCUCCUUUCAGCCUUCAGGGUCCUGACCCGCGACGACACCAUCUUGACCUUUUCAACAAUCCCAUCUUCUCUCACGCUGCCAACAUCCCUGGUUCCUACUACCAUCAGCAACACAUGAUCGACGACGACAAUAAAUCCGCCCCUCCGGGCGGUAUCCAGUCUUAUAUUUCCCGUUUCAUCGACAAGACAGUUGCCUUUAUCAGCAGCGACGGCUUCAAGAAGGGUGUCCUUCUCACAGUUCUGUGCAUCACCGCCCUCACGCUGCUCUUCCCAGCUGCCGGCCUCUAUAUCGUCUUUUACAACAAGUAUAUGCCCGCCCAGGUCACCACAGUCCCGGUGCACCUGCAAUAUGGCUACGGCCCGAACCCUUUUGGCAUCGCUCCCAUCGAGCCCCCAAAGCGCGUGUACAAGCACUUGUCUUACGACAUCACUGUGUCUCUUACCCUUCCUCGCUCCCCGAGUAACCUGAAUCGCGGCAACUUCAUGCUUGCCCUGCACCUGCUGACCCCGACGAACCCCUCUGCCACAAAAAAAACGAACCCAGCACAGCAACUCCCCUAUGUCACCUUCUCCCCGCCGCCGCCGUCGGAAAACCCCUCUGCCUCUUCUCUUGCCGUGCACUAUCAGCCUACGCGCAUCGACAUGCCAACGUUCCUAUCCAAGCACCAUAUCCUCUACACAGUCACCCGUCCGGCGCUCGUUCCCUACUUCGACCCGCUCACCUCGCUUGCGUCUCGUCUAUUCUUCCUCUUCUACCAUGUCCUCUUCCCCGAUACUUCGUCCACCGUCCGUCUCGAUGUGCCCAUGGCCGAGCAUCUCCCCUUGUCCUUCCCCUGGCCCCCUGACAACCCGGAUGCCAAAGCGCCGGAACCGACAACGCUCCUGCUGGAAGUUCAAGCUGGGCAGGGCCUGCAGGUGUAUCAGGCGAGCGUGACUUUUACGGCCCGCCUCCGCGGCCUGCGCUGGUUCAUGUUCCGCUGGUGGCGCACGGCUUUCGUGCUGGGCACGGGGUUGAUCUGGGCGCUUGAAGUGUUGUCGUUGUGCAUUCCUUUCGGUUAUGCUUGGGCGUUGGUUGGCGAUGACGUGAAGGGCGAUAAGGAGGAACAGGAGGCGUCUAAGAGACCGCGCAUCUCGAAAGCGCUUCUUCCUAAGGGGCCUUCUUCGUCUUCGGGCUCGUCAGUUUCAAAGCCAGCCUUGCCUGAGCCAUCCGGUCCUUCCAGGGGCCGCUCCAGGAAACGCUCCAGGGGUAGGAGACGGGGCGCGAAACAGGAGGGAAGUUCUAGCCCCGCGACGAAGUCUGGUAUUUCCUCGCCAUCUUCCUCGGUUUCUGGUUCCAGGAUUAAAGGCAAGGGCAAGCAGAAGGGAGAAAGCAACUCGGAUACCGAAGAGGGCUUCUCUAAGCUGCAUACCCCUUCUGACACGGAUAUCAAGGAAGAAGAGGACGACAAAGCACUGCUGGCCUCGCUACCCGAGUACCGCCCUACGGAAGGCGUGGGUAGCGGCAGCCUCAGAGAAGAGGAAGGAGAAGAGCGAGAAGGCUCAGACAGAGAAGAGCCGAUCGUUGCAACCAGUUCGAGUCAUGAAGCAACGGGUGGCCAAGCCAGGAGAAGAAAUGUUUCUGGAGAGGCGGUUGAGACUAUAUGA